CUCCCCUCCCCCUGCAAAACCAGCAGAUCACUCCGCAGUCCCACACCUCACUCUCGCUCCUGAUCCCGAUACGUACCCGUACGUACCGGCACCGACGAGGAUGGCAGCGUUCACGGAGGAGGAGAAAGCGGUGGACGACGCGCUGGGAUACCCCAAGGCCUACGCCAGGCUCUGCCGCGGCGGCGCGGUCGGCCUGCCCUACAGCCACGGCCCGCCGCAGGCCUUCUUUCCCUACGCCCUCCAGCCGCACGAGGCGCUGCGAGCCAAGGACCUGAACGAGAUGUUCCCCGUGACCGACGCGGAGGCGCCGCCGACCGCCAACCCCCGCGGUUUCGCCAACCUCCUCUGGAAGCAGCUCGACCACCUCGGGAACGCCGGGUUCGAUCCGGCGCUCUUCCGGGUGGACGCGUACGGGAACGUGCUCUACCUGCACGCCGACUCGGCGUCGCCCCUCGCGUGGGACAUCGACCACUGGUUCCCCUGCGCCAGGGGAGGGAAGACGGUGCCCAGCAACCUGAGGAUAGUGCAGUGGCAGGUGUGCAGGAAGAAGCAGAACAAGCUGGAGUUCCUCAUGCCGUGGUGGGAUCUGCAGCUCGGCGUCUCCGUCAACCAGUUCCUUUCCAUCUUCGCCUCCAAGAACGCCGACUUCAGGAACAGAGCAUUCGCAUUCUUGUUCGCUGAUGGCGCCAGCGAGGAGCUGAACUCGCUGCAGGUAGUGGAAGCGCACGCGUUCCCGCAGCAUUUCUCCGAGAUGAAGAGGAAAGUUGGACUUGCGCCUGCCGCAAUUGUUUCUUCGAGGGGUUUUGAAAACUCGGUACUCAAAUCUCUUGAUGCGAACCGACCACUGAGGCCUAAUUACCCUUUGAUUGCUGCAAAGAAAUUCGUUGGCGAAAAGGAUGAGAAUGCUAAUGUGGCAGUGUCCAGCUACGGGCCUAAUUCGACGAAGGAGAACAAUAGCCCGGAUGCUGAUGGCUACAUUAGUAAUCCUUACUUGUCUAUAGCUAUGGCUAGGGAUUCACUGAGGCAAAGAGAAGAGGCCAAGAAGAAGCAGGCUGAGCUCACUGAAUUGGAGAACGCGGCCAAUGAGUUGAAGCAGAAGAAUGAAGAGGAGCGGGUAGCCAUCCAGGGCUUGGAGGCCCUCCUGAUCAAGAGGCGGCGGCGAGUCGCGAAGUGCCGUCGCUUGGCGGAGGCUCAGUCCAACUACAAGGCCGUGCUGGAGAAGAUGAUCAGAGAUGCCAUGCACCAGAGCGUUGUGUACAAGGAACAACUUAGGCUGAACCAAGCUGCAACCAGUACUCUCAUGGCCAGAUUGGAGGCCCAGAGAGCAAUGUGCGACUCGUCUGAAACCGAGCUUCGCAAGAAGUACCAACAGAGAGAUGAUUUGGAGAGGAAGAUAAGGCCUUUCACUGAUCAAGCAAGGAAGAGGUAUCGUGUUGAUGACGGAUUGCUUGAGCAAAGGCACAGUGAGAGUGUGAAGUAUCUUUCAGCAAGAAGAUUGAGUAGCCCUCUCAAGCAGGAGUUGAGGGUUUUCCUGGAGGAAGAUCAGAGGAAUUCAGAUGCAUACAUUUCCAUAGGGGAGGAAGAAAUUGGAGAAGGGACCUCAACAUUGGGCAAUGACAGGAAUGAACCAUUUAAGGUGAUAAGCUUCCCAAGGAGGUCUCUCGGCACCAAAGAAAAGACAGUUGCUACUGAAGGUGGCAGGAUAUCAGUGCGGGAGAAGCUAGAACACUUGGCUAUCAAAGAACGGCGUCGUAGCAGAAGAGAAAGAAAGGAGACCAUGCCAUAUAGGGGAAUUGGUACACCUGUGAGGUCAAGAGAUGAUAAGGGUAAAGUGACCAAUCUGCAGUGCGAUACCAACGAGUCUGAGAUUGAAAAGUAUCAUGCCAGCGAGACAGCUUCACUGCCAAGGACUCCCUCACUUCCCCCAAGUCCACCGUAUAGAGCAAUUGGCAUGUAUGGGACUGCUAGAUAUCCUACAGACCAGUCAAUGCUGCUGCAAAAGAAUGAAGUACUUCAUUCCCGUGGCAGAUCUGAAGAUGAAAACAUGAACAAUGUUGGCAAAGGAAAUGUGGAUAAAUGGCUUCAUAUGCUUAUGGAUAACCAACAAGAAGGUUCUGCUGUAUACCAUUCCCCAGAAGAACAUAACAAUGACGAGGAGAAUGCGUCACAUGAGCAGCAAAUGCAAAGCAGAAUCGACGAAGAGAGCUACAGGAAUGAAAUAACUGAAUGUUCUGAUGACAUUGUUGAGGUCGGGGACGAGAUUGCUACUGACCAGGGCACCGCAAGAUGCAUCAACAGCUUUGAAAUUAAGGAGAGGGAGGACAAGAAGAUUUGGUUCCCGAGGUCCGACAGCGCUAGGGGCUUCCGAUCUCUGCCUUCCUCACCUUCCAAGAUCCUGGGAAUGAGAAGAGGUGUGGAGUGCAUUGGCAGGAAGCCUAAAGUGGCUGGCGACGACGACUGCCGAUAUGGCUAUGAGGAUGCAAUGUCCACAAGCAGCAGCAAGUUCCUCAGCAGAUGCAAGCAGGCCAUCAAGAAAGCAGUAAACAAAUAAGUCAUUGCACUCUACAUCUACAUCUCAGCUUAUUUAUUCUUCUCUAUGUGUGUUCAAAUUGAUACUGAUUAUAAUUUUUCUGUAGCUGAAUAAGUGAGUAAGCAUAGCCUGCAGACCUCUGUCUGAGGCUCUGCGUGUGACUUGUGAGAUUAUUUAUGGUCACCCUAAUGUGAUCAGAUUAGUGUGUGCACAACUAUUCGUUGAUUUGUGAAAAAAAUGGAGUUAUUUCUGUU